AUGCUCACUCUGUGCCUGUCCCCCCUGUCUGUCCCCUGGUACUACAGCCCAGACGAGGACUCUUGUCAGAAGUUCAUCCCCUUUAUCGGGAUGGUGAAAGUUGGACUGGUGGAACAGUCAUCGGCAACAUCAGGUGACUCGGACGAUGCAGCUCCCAUGGCGACAGCCCUCCUCUCCUUCACCCCUCCUCAGGUGUCCCCCGCCCUGAAGGAAGCCACGCCCACCCCUCCCUCCUCCCCCUCUGUCAACACAAGCUUCAGCUCAUACAGUUCUCCCCAGGGGGAGCUGAUGGGACUACAGGUGGACUACUGGGUGGCUCCCUCCCCGGCUGACAGGAAGAGAGACGUGGAGAAAAGGGACUCGUCCUCCUCUAAGAACACUCUGAAGUGUACGUUCCGCUCGCUGCAGGUCAGCAGGCUCCCCCAGGCCGGGGCCCAGCCACAGCCCGCCAUGUCCAUGACCGUGGUCAUGAAGGAGAAGAACAAGAAGGUAAUAUUCCUGCCAAAGAAGACUAAAGACAAGGAUGUGGAGUCUAAGAGCCAGGUGAUCGAUGGCAUCAGUCGACUGAUCUGCACGGCCAAGCACCAGCAGACCAUGCUGAGGGUGCUGAUUGACGGCGUGGCGUGGAACGACGUUAAGUUUUUCCAGUUGGCGGCACAAUGGUCGUCACACGUCAAACAUUUCCCCAUCGGGACCUUUGGACACAGUAAAGGGCCUUACUGACAAGCGGCGCGUUGCCAUAGUAGCGGGCCCCGUUACCAUAGAGACUCAUCUGGAACGGAGGACAGCGUCCCCUCCCUCAUGUGCCAAUAGCUUUUAUAAUAGCCAAACA